UUCUGGUGAGUAUAUACAGAUGAGUGGGCGUGCUGGUAGGCGUGGUCUGGACGAGAGAGGUAUUGUAAUGUUAAUGAUUGAUGAGCAGAUGGACUCCACCAUUGGCAAGACAUUACUGAAGGGUCAGCCUGAUCCUCUCAACAGUGCCUUUCACCUCACCUACAAUAUGGUCCUUAACCUCUUGAGAGUUGAAGAGAUCAACCCUGAGUACAUGCUGGAGAGAUCCUUCUAUCAGUUUCAGAAUAAUUCCACUAUACCCGACCUGGAGGAAAAGGUCAAAGUCCUUGAAAAGAAGAGAGAUGCUCUGGUGAUAGAGGAUGAGGAUAACGUGACCAGUUAUUACAAGAUGAGAGACCACAUCAGCAAACUAUCAAUGCAAAUGCAGAGGUUCAUCGUAAAGCCAACCUAUUGUAUCCCAUUCAUGCAGCCUGGUAGACUCGUUAAUGUCAUUGUUGAUGGUGCUGAUUUUGGCUGGGGAGCUGUAAUUAACUUUCAAAAGAAGACAUCACAAACA